AAACAGUGCACACCUACGAUGCUCGCUCUGGUUGUGAUGCUGUUCUCUUUGCUGUCCCUCUCCUCGGCCACUAAAGGAGGUCUAAGUGGGAAGGUUCUACUGUUCCCAUAUGAGACUGAUUUCAGUUUUGUGAAGCUCUCUCCUCAGAAGCCUCUCGCUCUCUCAGCGUUCACUCUAUGCAUGCGCAUCGCUACUGAGCUGCAGGACGAGCGACAGGUCAUCCUCUUCGCAUAUCGCACCAACAGCACAGAUGAGCUCAAUGUGUGGCGCGAGAACGAUGGAAGGAUCUCAUUCUACCUGGGCGGAGAUGGUGCACUUUUCCGUCUCACUCCUCUCUCCAGCUUCCGCACUCACCUCUGUCUGACGUGGGACUCCAGCACCGGACUUGCCGCGUUCUAUGUGGAUGGACGCCGCAGCACACGACAGAUGUACAGACCAGGCCACAAGAUCCGUCCACAUGGCACUGCACUGCUCGGCCAGGACCCUGACACACACCUGGGGGACUUCGAGGUGACGCAGAGCUUUGUGGGCGAGAUGACGGAUGUGAACAUGUGGGACUUUGUGCUGUCGCGCGUGCAGAUUGGUGCCCUGUAUUCCAACUUAAAACACAGAGUGCCACGUGGAAACGUUUUUGACUGGAGCACCGUGCAGUACGAGAUCCAUGGCAAUGUUGUGGUGGUGCAGGAUGACUAACCACACACACACACACACACACACACACACACACACACACACAGCAAUGUAGCUGUAACACUAUCUUCUGAGCUCCAUUAUAUAAUAGGGUUGCGUAUUAUACACCCCCCCCCCCCCCACACACACACACACACAUACAGACAGAUUAUAACAACCGUAAUAACAACAUUUACAAAAACAAUAAAUACAGAUAUUAACACACACACACACACACACACACACACACACACACUUGACUAUGGUAAAUUGUAUUAUGUAUUAACAGAUUAAUAAGUGUGCAAGUCUGAUUGUGACGAGUUAUAAAUGAAGCAGUACUGCUAAUAACCACAAUGUGGCGCUGCUGAAUCACAAAUAGUGGCAAAUGUAACGCUCUACUGCCAGU